AUGGUCGUCCGCAUUCGUCUGGCCCGAUUCGGGAACAAGCAUCAGCAUUUUACAACAUUAUUGUUGCGCAGGCACGGCCAAUAUGUCCAACGAAAAGAGGCGGCUUUGAAGCUAAUAUUAUGUGAGCACUACAGGAGCGCUCGUAACUCGAAACCCUUGGAGGUCAUUGGCACCUACAACCCCGUCCCGCAACGCCCUACAAACCUCUCCGACGAGGAAGCCCGCAGCGCAAGGCCAUACAAGGAAGUAUCACUUGACCGGUCCCGAGCCAAGUACUGGAUCGGUGUUGGAGCGCAGCCCAGUGAUGGUGUGUGGCGGUUACUGAGCCUGGCUGGCAUCGGCGAUGGCAGAACAAAGACACAGAACUAA